GUUUAUCCCGAACCGUAUUGCGUUGCAAUUACUUGUUCAACAAGCCUGCGGCAUGGGCAUGAUAUUUUAUCUCAUCAGGGUUCCUUCUGUUCCUAAGUUAUUGUCUCGCUGGUAGCAGUACAGCUUAGCAUUAAUGCUACUCCGAUUUGGAUGUAGCUGUGACACGUGUCCAUCCCAAUUUCCUGUGUGAUCUGUGUUCAUUCCUGUUGUAAUAUUGACGCCCAGCAGCCUUAGCUUGCCUUCGCGACCACCUGUUAUCCAUAAAGCACCUCAACUGGUGUCUGACUCAACUGGACUCGAUCAACUUCUCCUACGUCUUCCUUCCGAGUCAGUGACACGGAUCAUGUUUUCGAUAACAUGCAUUCACUGCGAAAAAGUUGUGAAGAGGUCGGAUCUUGGUCACCAUGUUCGAGAGCAGCACAUUGAGCCGAACUUCGCGCGAGAGAUCCAGGCCUUGUAUGCCAGGAACCCCGGUCAUGGCCUGCACCAACCAGAAGCUUCUCCUCGAUCGUCCACAGCCAACUUGACCGGCACUAGAUCUUCUGAAUCAAGCAAUACAUUGAGCACAGAAUCAGAUCUUACGCCGAGUACAGAGUCAGAUCUUACGCCGAGCACAGUUUCAAGCAUGCGGUUUUCUGUUUGGCAGCAGAUUAAUCCCGUUCAACCUCCCGCACCCACGACCAUUGAAGACAUCGCACUAUCCCGUAACCGCCGAACGGACUCACCUCAGACCUCUACACAGCAUCUUCGGAACUCAGUGAGGUUUCAGAUCCAGGAUUUGGUGGAUCAAUUUGAGGGCCUGGAUGCAGCAACGAGACAUGCAUGUAUCAAAGGCGUGCGGCACAUGCCCAUUUUCCCGACGUUAUAUGCGCAUGUAUUCACGCACCUUAACCUUUGUGCCCCCGACAAGCCGAACCUGCUGGUUGACCUAGAGAAUAUGAGAAGCAACUGGGCAUCACGGGACAGCAUAUGGUGUCUGAUACAUUUCAAGACUAUCAAAGACGACCUGUCUGGACUAAUGAAGCAGGCUCAAGUGAAUUCAGGACUACACGCGCUGGACAUUCAAGAUAUCGGGGCAUUGAUUGCCAGUUGUUCAACCAACUCACAUGGUACUUCUGAGCUAUUCACGCUCAAAGACGACAAGGCCCAGUCCAUGCUAGACUUACUGCAGACGUUACUCGUAAUGAAAUCGGACCAAUUAGAAGAAUGGUACAAACGUCGGUUCUUGGAUGCUAUCAUCCGACUCUCGAGGCAAUCGGGCCGAUUCCCUCGGAGCCUGCAGCUUCGUGAAAUCGACAACCUGGAGCCAACCGACCUGCGUGGUGGUUGUGGAGUAAUUUUCAAAGGCGAACUCCUUGGUCGCUUUGUAGCAGUCAAAGAGAUUCAAGCCGUUGGUCGCACCGUCAAAGCAGAUUUCUCGAACGAGGCAGUCGUCUGGUGUCACAUCCAGCAUGCUAGCUGCCUGCCCUUCUAUGGCGUAUUCCAUUUUAAUGAUGGUGUACCGAGGACAUGUCUGGUGUCUCCUUGGAUGGAGAACGGACACUUGAAUGCGUAUCUACAGCGAACCGAUGUUGAUCGUGCUCCUCUGGUAUUGGAUAUUGCGCAAGGUCUAGAAUAUCUGCAUGGAAUGCAACCUACGAUUGUGCAUGGUGACUUGAAGGGGGCCAACAUUUUGAUUACCUCCUCCGGACGUGCGUGUCUGGCGGACUUCGGGCUUGCAACUACGCAAGACUCUCAAAUCCAGCAGACCACUGUGGUCUCUGUUGCGGGAACAUCUUCUUUCAUGGCACCUGAACUUCUGGAGGCAUGUAUAAAUCCCAGUCUGUUGUCAACCCUGGAUAGACGCCCGUGUGAUAUUUUCGCAUUUGGUUGCAUAUGUUAUGAGAUGUAUAAUGGGACACGUCCGUUCUGGGACUCAUACCCACCUACCGUGGAUUCCAAAUUUAUGGUGGGAAGCCGUCCCUCACGUCCUACAGAUAAGACGUGCCUUCAACGAGGAUUGGAUGACGACAUGUGGGAUUUCAUCCAGAAUCUAUGGCACCAGAAUCCAAAAGUUCGAGCCACUGCUAGCCAAGCCUCUUUGUGGAUGUCGCACAAGAUGCACAUGGCGGGCAAAAGCACAGACAGACCACCUGCAGAAAUGCAGUGGGACCUCGACUUUUUGACCGACUGUACCGCAGAGCUGUCUGAUUUCGACCCUCUUUCUCUUGCAUAAAUGAUAUCAGUGUUCGUAGCGAUGAGAUUGUGUAUCUAGCAUUGUAACAAUCAAGCAUACGAAAACCUUUCUGUCCC